ACCUUCACCUCAUCAAAAUCAUCUAUUUUCUCAAAUAUCAUCAGGACCUUUUUGUAACCGUCAUCUAUUUCGUCAAUGGCUGAACAUUACCAACCGCAUCACCAAAGUCAGCUUUAUCAAUCGCAGCACCACAACCCACAACAACCUCGGUCCCACCUGGUUGUGAAGACCGCCACUGCUGUCACCGCCGGUGGCUCUUUUUUGCUUCUUUCUGGUUUGACUCUUGUUGGUACGGUCAUUGCACUCGCCAUUGCCACUCCACUCUUCGUCAUAUUCAGUCCCGUUCUUGUCCCUGCGGUCAUUACAGUGGCUCUUUUGACCAUGGGCUUCCUCGCCUCCGGUGGUUUCGGUGUAGCAGCUAUCACUGUUUUGUCAUGGAUCUACAGGUAUGUUACUGGGAAGCACCCACCUGGGACCGAUCAACUUGAUUAUGCACGCAAUAAACUGACUGCUAAAGCUCGAGAAAUGAAAGACAAGGUUGAUCAAUAUGGACAGCAGCACACGGGGUCGGAGCCGCAUCAGAGCCCCUAAGGCGUUAAGUUGAUGUUGUCUCUACCAUGUGAUGGACGGGGGUGAUAUAUAAUUGAGUGGAGAUCAAACGGCUAUGAUGCAAUCAACUGUUGUAGUUGAGAAGUCAUUGGUUUUAUGUGUUUGUUUUUAAUAAACAGUGCGUUGUACUGGGUUCUUUGUAAGUUGUAUUUGUGUCAAUAUGGUGUUAUUACUCUUUGAAAUGUACUCUUCUUAAUAGUUGCUCA